UUAGGGUUAUUUAACUGAAUCGUCCGCCCUGCCCUACCAAGGCUGUUAAGAAAACAUCUCAACUAGCCUGCAGUACAAAUGGCUCCUCUUCUGUUGCUCCUCUUUCUUCCUUUUGCCCUCUGUUGUGAAACAGUCCCCAGCACCGAGUGCGAGAAGAUUCCUUUCGUGCCGGGGCAUAAUUUGGUGGGAGAGGGCUUUGACAUUGUGCGGAUGCAGACCACCGGAGCUUUUGUGGUGGAUGUGCGGACCUACAUGGUUGGAGGAGAGCAUGGCAACUGCACUGUGUGCGAUAACAAACUACUCAACGGGAAACAGAAGUUGCCAGCUUCUGUGGUCGACUGGCGCAUCAAGGUGCAGUGUCGUCGCAGCCUCAGUGCCAAGGUGUAUGAAACGUCCAGCUCGGUUCUUAAGGACACCACCACUUCAGCCAGUGCCAGCUGGAAGGUUGGGCUGAGUGUGCCUAUGGUGGCUGGUGUGGCUGUCGGUGGCACUCAUUCAAAGUCAGCCAGGUUUGCCAAGAGCCACAGCGGUCAAGACAAGUUCUCCUACACCAGCCACACCUUCUCCUGUCGCUAUUACUCAUUUCGUCUUCAUGCUCGUCCUCCACUGACCAAAGAAUUUGCCGGUUCCAUCCAUUCACUUCCUGCUAAAUACGACAGCAGUUCAGAAGCUGCAUACAACCAUUUUAUCUCUAUCUAUGGAACACACUUCUUGAGGAGAGUCGACCUGGGCGGCCGUGUACAGUCAACCACCGCUGUGAAGACAUGCCAGGUUUCCAUGACGGGUCUGACGGUACACGACGUGAGCAAUUGCUUAUCGGCGGAGGCGUCCGGCGUCAUUAAGGGCGUGAAGGUGAGCGGGCAAGCAAGCUACUGCAAAGCCAAGCAACAGAAACUGGAGAAGGGCAACACCUUCAGUGCCUCCUUUUCUGACCGCAUCACUGAAAUAUUGGGCGGCAACGGUGAGCAGCAAGACAUCCUCUUUGAUCCAAGCAGCAAAAAUGGUUAUGGUGCUUGGCUCACCUCACUGAAGAAAAUUCCUGGAGUGGUGUCCUACACCUUGAGCUCAUUGCAUAUGCUCGUGCGAAACGACUCAGCUAGACGAAGCAGUCUCCAAGCUGCCAUCAGCAAAUACAUCACAAAAAACGCCGUAUCGACCGCUUGCCCCUCCAGUUGCAAAGUGGGCCGGCGUGACAGUAGUUGUGCAUGCAAAUGCAGCGGUCAUCAAAGAGUUGAUAGUAACUGCUGUCCGAGUCAGCCAGGAGUGGCCACGUUGAGCGUGAUCGUGAAGAGUGCUGCGGGAUUGUGGGGAGACGUGUUCUCUAAAACUGAUGGUUACGUUAAAGUGUUUUACGGCACUUCAUCGAUUUCAACCAAUGUGAUUAUGAACAACAACUUUCCUCAGUGGAACUACCAGUGGAAUAUUGGAACUGUGGUUCUGACUGAACGCAAGACCUUGAGAUUUGAGGUGUGGGACCGUGAUAACGUGUUUGAUGAUGAUCUAUUGGGAAAGGGUUCUCUUGUCCCAACACAAGGCAAGAAUAUACAGAAACAGUUUGGAUUCAAGCACGGCUCUCUUUUGAUUUACUACACUGCAACAUGUGGCCCAAGUCUUACAGGGCUUGUUUGUGAGAAAUACGCUCCUACACCGGGUGGUGAUGGUGCUCUAAACUAUUACCAGUCAUUUGGCAGAGAGCAACCCAUUGCUUUUAAAAAAUCCUUUGCAGGAAAUAUGUCUUUCCUGUAAUAAUACAACAGUAGAAUGUAAAGAUUCUACUGUAAAUAUUGAAGAAUGUCCUUCUGAGUUAAUGCAUGUAUAAAAAUGGCCAUAAGCUAUUUGAGAUAUUUGAUACACAUUGGAAAUAGUUAUUAUAAAUCAAAUACCAUUGACUUAUUUUUACACACAUUUACAAAAUCUUUAAUAAGCACUUUUAAGAACUAAUAAGAACCUUAAGUUCUUUCAUCUUUCAUCAACUUUCAUCGGAAAUAUUUUUAUUUUUGUUAUAAUUUUGUCUGAUUCUUAAAAAAAAUAUAUUCUCAAUAUAUGAAUUAGUUUUAAAAUUGUAUAUGUAUCUUUUACAAUGACUGGCAUAUUAAAUAAAAAAGAAUGCUUUCA